UUUAAUCAGUCCGUGAGCAAUGAGCUGAACAUUGGUGUAGGUACUUCCUUCUGUUUCUGUACUGAUGGACAGUUGCACAUUAGGCAGGUUCUGCACCCUGAAGCUUCCAAAAAGAAUAUCUUACUGCCUGAAUGCUUCUAUUCCUUUUUUGACUUGCGGAAAGAGUUCAAGAAGUGUUGCCCUGGCUCACCUGAUGUUAGCAAACUCGAUGUUGCGGCCAUGACAGAAUAUUUAAAUCUUGACAAGAACAGUCCAGCAUUUCCCUAUGGAGCCUCUCAAGUUGAAGAUAUGGGGAAUAUUAUUUUAACACUAAUAUCUGAACCAUACAAUCACAGAUUUUCAGAUCCAGAAAGAGUGAACUACAAAUUUGAAAGCGGGCCUUGCAGCAAGAUGGAACUUGUGGAUGACAACGCUGUUAUCCGAGCAAGAGGAUUGCCAUGGCAGUCAUCUGACCAGGACAUAGCAAGAUUCUUCAAAGGCCUAAAUAUUGCCAAGGGAGGUGCUGCACUCUGUCUCAAUGCCCAAGGCAGGAGGAAUGGGGAGGCUCUUGUGAGGUUUGUGAGUGAAGAGCAUAGAGACCUCGCGCUACAAAGGCACAAGCAUCACAUGGGGAAUCGAUACAUUGAGGUAUACAAGGCAACAGGUGAAGACUUCCUUAAAAUUGCAGGAGGUACUUCUAAUGAGGUUGCACAGUUCUUGUCGAAAGAAAACCAAGUGAUUGUCAGGAUGCGAGGUCUUCCUUUCAACGUGACAACAGAAGAAGUGCUGACAUUCUUUGGCCAGCACUGCCCUGUAACAGGAGGAAAGGAGGGAGUCCUGUUUGUCACGUACCCUGACAGCCGGCCAACAGGGGAUGCCUUUGUGUUGUUUGCUUGUGAGGAAUAUGCACAAAAUGCACUGAAAAAGCAUAAAGACUUGCUGGGGAAAAGGUACAUUGAACUCUUCAGGAGCACUGCAGCAGAAGUUAAACAGGUGCUGAACAGAUACUCUUCCACACCUCUCAUUCCUCUCCCAACACCUCCUAUUCUUCCGGUAUUACCUCAACAAUUUGUACCUCCCACUAACGUCAGAGACUGCAUACGUUUGCGCGGCCUUCCCUAUGCUGCUACUAUAGAGGACAUCCUGGAGUUCUUGGGGGAGUUUUCUACAGAUAUUCGGACCCAUGGAGUUCACAUGGUACUAAAUCACCAGGGACGUCCAUCAGGAGAUGCUUUUAUUCAGAUGAAAUCUGCAGACCGAGCUUUUCUGGCUGCACAGAAGUGUCAUAAGAAGACAAUGAAGGACAGAUAUGUUGAAGUCUUUCAAUGUUCUGCUGAGGAGAUGAACUUUGUAUUAAUGGGGGGCACUUUAAAUCGAAAUGGCUUGUCCCCACCACCAUGCCUUUCACCCCCUUCCUACUCCUUUCCAGCUCCUGCUGCAGUUGUGCCAACAGAAGCUGCUCUGUAUCAGCCAUCUGUGCUCCUGAACCCACGAACGCUCCAGCCCUCCGCGGCGUACUACCCUGCUGGGGCUCAGCUCUUCAUGAACUACACAGCGUACUACCCCAGGAAACCUUUCCUACAUGGCUUCUGUGCCAACUACAAGUACCUCCCUUUUAACAAAGAGGUUGUCACCCCUCAGUUUGGAGGAACACAGAAAUGGCUGGGGGCAGCCAAUGUGUUAUCUUGUAUCGAGGAAUUAGAGCAGUAUGCAGCAGAGGAUGGACUUGUACACACAAAUGAUCCGGCCAGGACAGUGUCCAAAGAAUGGAUUUGCAUUUAA